GCUCCGCGGGGGCCGGGGCGGCGUCAGCCGUGAGCGCGCGGCCUCUGUGAGGAGGGGCCGGGCGGGCGCCCCCCGCGGCUCCCCGACGCGGAAGAUCUCCAGGGAUUGCCUAGUUGAGUUGCUUUUACAGAAUUAACAGGUCUCCAAGAAAUUAAAAAAAAAAAAUAAAGGUAAGAUACCGGAGCUUAAGGCUUUUCACAGAGACUUGAUUUAACAAAACAGAACAAAACUGACUAGGUACACAAGGCUUCUGUCCUUUAUGUCUGGCCAGUAGUUAAUGCCCACACAAGUGGAAGUCAGUUUAUUACCCUGAGCAGAAAUUUGAUCAUAGAUAACAUUUCUAACUUUGUAAAAUGUACUGUGGUUGGUCAAAUUCUUUAAUACAUCAAACACUUCUGUUUCAGUGGAAGAUAUAUUUCUGCAUAUGAAAAUAGUGUGGUCUUGUGGUGAAGCAACACUUGGCAGACUUACAAAGAUUUGUUAUUUUGAUGCUCAUAUCUUACAGGUUAGGUGAUACUGAAACGUUUCUUAAAAGUAGGUGGUUUAUAGAUGGGAGAAGGCUUCUUGCUUGUUCCUAUAAAAUAAUUGGAUCCUUUAUUUUUGUUUUAAAUAUGUGAACUUCUCUCUUGUUUCCAUUUACGACUGCUGAAGAAGGCAGGAACCAGAAGUCAUUAUUAAACUUUGGGAUAAAGUGCUUCGAAAAUAAGACUUGCUAUUAUGUGUACCUUUUUGUCUGCAGGUCAUUAUUCCUGUGGUUUGAGCUCAGCAUGGCUGUAGUCAUCCGUUUACGGGGGCUUCCUUUAUUUGCGGCGCCUGUGGAUAUUCGUCGCUUCUUCACGGGAUUGACUAUUCCUGAUGGAGGAGUGCAUAUAAUUGGAGGGGAUAUGGGGGAGGCUUUUAUCAUUUUUGCAACAGAUGAAGAUGCAAGACGUGCCGUCAGUCGCUCUGGCGGGUUUAUCAUGGAUUCGUCUGUGGAGCUCUUUCUUAGUAGCAAGGCAGAAAUGCAAAAGACGAUUGAGAUGAAAAGAACUGAUUGCGCAGGAAGAGAGCGGCCCGGAUCUGGGACAACAGGCGUCGGCGGCUUGCCCAGUGUUGAGGCCCUUAAGGAAGAAGCAGGUAACUCUGAGUAUGUCUCGCCACUGAAUCGAGAUGCUGGGUUCCACGCCAACGGGACCGGACAUGGUGACUUGAAGCCAAGAAAGACAAGGCCAUCGAAAGCUGAGAAUCCUUACUUGUUUCUCCGGGGCUUGCCUUACUUAGUGAAUGAAGAAGAUGUUCGUGUGUUUUUCGCUGGUCUGUGGGUAGAUGGGGUCAUUUUCUUAAAACAUCAUGAUGGCCGAAAUAACGGCGAUGCCAUCGUCAAGUUUGCUUCCUGUAUCGAUGCUUCCGGAGGGCUUAAGUGUCAUCGAAGUUUUAUGGGGUCAAGAUUCAUAGAAGUGAUGCAAGGCUCCGAAGAGCAGUGGAUUGAAUUCGGUGGUAAUGCCGUGAAGGAAGGUAGCGCUCCUGCGAAGACGGAGGAACAGUCUCCGGCCAGAGGAAGCAGCGAGAGGCAUUCUCGAAAACGGUCUCAUUCAAAGUCGCCCCGAAGAACACGCUCCCGCUCUCCUCACGGGUACUACGUUCAGUUGAAAAACCUGUCCCUAACUGUUAACAAAAGAGAUCUGAAAAAUUUCUUUCGCGAUACCGAUCUCUCCAGUGAGCAGAUUAAGUUUCUGUAUAAGGACGAAAGAAGAACGAGGAUUGCCUUUGUGGUGUUCAAGACUCUGAGAGACUAUAACGCCGCGCGGGGGCUGCACAAGACGCCUCUACAGCACCGCCCAGUUCACAUCGAUCCGAUAUCUAGAAGAGACAUGCUGAAGCUGAUUAAGUUUUAUGAGAAGAAAAGAGCCGCGUCGACCGAGAAGGAGCGGCUUGAGCACGGCGCCCAGAAGUACGCUCCAGAAGGCUAUUCUGGCCAGAAGCUCUGCAUCUACAUCCGAAACUUCCCGUUCGACGUCACAAAGGUGGAGGUGCAGAAGUUCUUCGCCGACUUCGCGCUGGCCGAGGAGGAGAUUUACUUGCUGUACGACGACAAAGGAGUCGGUCUGGGAGAAGCGUUGGUGAAAUUCCCAUCAGAAGAGCAGGCCAAGAAAGCCGAACGUCUGAACCGGCGGCGGUUCUUGGGGACAGAAGUCUUGCUGAGGCUGAUAUCCGAGGCGCAGAUGCAGGAGUUCGGCGUCAGUUUUCCGGCGGUGUCCAGUGAGCGAGUGCACGCUCGCUCGCACUCGCGCGACAGAGACGACUAUUUCCAGUCGUUUGAGUCCGACGAGCCGCCCACGUACUCGGGCGGCCCUUCCGAAAACUACCGACGCCAGCCAGAGGACUCGAGGCAGCCGGACAGUUACAAGCAUCCCCAGGGGGACUUCCGGCAGCCUGACAGGUACCCUCCGAAAGACUUCCGGCAUUCCUCAGAGGACUUCAGCUACUCCGCGGAAGACUUCAGGCACCCGCGGGAGGAGCACUUCCGAAGGCUUCCCGAGGAGGACUUCAGGCACCCGCGGGAGGACGACUUCAGGCACUCCCGGGAGGAGGGCUUCGGGCGUCGCUGGGAGGACGACUGGCGGCGGCCACCAGAGGAAGACUUCCGGCCCUCUUCCGAGGAGGACUGGAGGCGGCCUGCCGAGGGGGACUUCAGGCGGCCGCCAGAGGAGAGCUUCAGGCGCCCACCCAAGGAGGAUUUCCGGCAUUACGCCAAGGAGGAGUUCCGCCGUUCUCCCGAGGAAGAUUUCAGGCCUUCUCCCAAGGAGGACUUCAAGCGGCCGCCUCAGGACCACUUCCGGCGGCCCCCCCCAGACCACUUCAGGAGGCCUCCCCAGCAGCACUUUCGGAGGCCCCCCCAGGAGCAUUUCCGGCGGCCUCCCCAGGAGCACUCUCGGAGGCCCGCCCAGGAGCAUUUCCGGCGGCCGCCUCAGGAGCAUUUCCGGCGGCCACCCCAAGAACACUUCCGGCGUUCCCGAGAGGAAAACUUCAGGCACCCCCCAGAUGAAGACUACAGGGGUCCUGCUGACGAAGACUUCAGGCAUCCUCCCGAGGAGGACUUCAGGAGCUCCCAGGAGGAAGAUUUUCGACGCCCUUCUGAUGAGGACUUCAGGAGGCUUCCUGAGGAGGAUGUCAGGGAAGCUCCCGAGGACGACUCGAGGCUUGCUGACAGUUUCCGAAGUCAUCGUUCUGUGGCAAAUGUUGGCCGUCCGGAAGGUGGCAAAUUUGACUUUGGAAAGCGUAAUAUGGGAAGUUUUCCCGAGGGGAGAUUUGUUCCUGAUCCAAAAUUAAACUGUAGUUCAAGUAGAGUGACUCCUCUAAAGAUUAUGAAUCUUCCAUUUAAAGCCAAUGUCAAUGAGAUUCUAGAUUUUUUCCAUGGCUAUCGAAUCAUACCCGAUUCAGUUUCAAUACAAUAUAACGAGCAAGGGUUACCAAUAGGGGAAGCCAUUGUUGCCAUGGCAAACUACAGUGAAGCCAUGGCUGCUAUUAAAGAUCUAAAUGAUAGGCCAGUUGGCUCCCGCAAGGUUAAGUUAACUUUGCUCUAAAGAAAAUCUCUAAUUCAGAAUUACCUCCCCGCAGUAUUGAAGCAGUAAAGAUGUAUUUGUUUUUCAGAAGUGUUUAUUUUAAUUAGCUUACGAGAAGAAACAUUUUAUUUUGACCUGUGACUAGAACCAAUGUAUUCUAGAAUGUGACUCGUUUACUUUUGCCUGCAAAUUGCCAUUCACUUUUUCUAAUUAAAAAAAAUUUUUUUUUGAUAGUGGGGGAAGAGUAGUAAUGCCCCAAUUUUGUUAUUUUUUUGUUGCUGUCCUGGAUAAACCUCAAGAUAUGUAUAUAGUAGAGCUGUAUUUGGGGAGGAUAAGUUUUAUGUUCACUUUAGUUCUAUUUUGUCGCAUACAUCUUUUAUUAAAACUGUAUAAGGAGAUGGUCAGUGACUGAUUGUUCAGGUUUGGCAUUUUCAUUGCUAACUGCCUGCAAAAUAAUUGCCCUCUUCCUUGUCUUCAGCUAUUACUAUGUUAAUACUCCUGUUGAUAUAGUUAAAAAAUGGACAGACUGUGAACUUGAGGUUUACUUCUAUGUAAAGAGCUUAGGAUAUUCUUAAAGUUCCCAUGUUCAUAACUUUGGAAAAGUUUUAUAAAAAUAAAAAAUUGGAACUGAAUAGAGCAACUAACUUGUAUUUAUAAAAAGAAAAAAGAAUCACAGCUGCUUUUGUGAAGUUUUUCAACAGCUAUAUUAAUAUUUAUGAUAAAGGGGGACCAAUCAUUCUACAGUAGCCACAGUGCUUUGUGUAGUUUUACGGUUUCUUCAGCAUCUCAUCAACCAAACUGAGAACAGGUUAAAAGAAAAGAAUGUAAUUAUAGGUACCAGGGGACAGUAAGGCUUAAUACUGGAAAGAAUCUGUAUUUCUUUAAUACAGAAUGUUUACAUAAAAUUUUUGUUAAAUGCAUAGUUUGUUUCUAGGAACUAUUUACUGAUGAGUCAUAUAAAUUAUUUUUUUAUUGGGUUUUCAUUUUUUAAUUUCAAAACUUUGUAUUCAUUUAGAGAUUCAACAGUAAGACUUGUGCUUGAAUUUUGACCUCUUGGAUAUAUAUAGCACAUAGUAUAGACAUUUUGCAGUUAUUGGAUUUGGUUUCUAUACCCAUAAUAAAUAUUAAUGGCUAAUGUGUAUUGCCUCCUAUUGUGUUAGGCAGUAUAAGUGCUUUGCAUGUAGAAUCUCAAUAUUCCCCGGAAGCAUUUUUAAAAAAAUUUCACAGAUGAGCUAGUGACAUUUAGAUUGAUUUAAGAAACUUACUUGAAGGCAUAGCUGGUAAAUCAUGGACCAGUUUUAGCCCAAACAAAACAGACUUCAUUUCAUGCUCAUUAUGUAUUUGCCUACUUUGUUCAGUGGCACUUUUAAAUUUUGUAUGACCAUGCUAACUGUAUUUUCAUGAAUAGAAGAUAUUUUCUUACCUCCACUGUUCUCUUAAAAAACAUUAUUUAAAAGGAUAAAAUUAGGAUGUCCAGUUGUUAAAGUAAUUUUUCAAAGUCUUUUUACAUCAGGAUUUCUCUUGGAUACUGAUAGAAAUAUAAAUUGUUCAUUAUAUGAAGUCUGAUUUGGCACAUGGUUGGCCUCACCCUAAUUUACAUAAAACAUAAUUUCCCUCACUUUUGUAAUCCCCCUAUUUCUCCCACUGAAUAAUAAAACUUGAAUUUAUUUGAUGGUUUAGUAAUAUAGUAGGAUAUUGCUGAAGUAGAAUCCUUUGUCGGUACUUAAUGUGUACUCGUAUUUUGUGUUGAUUUUAGUUACUGGAAGAAGUCUAAGAGAAGCCAACUAGAGUUUGUGUUUUUAAUUAUUGAGACUUUCCUGCUUGCUGAAGAAUGAACUUAGUAAAUGGUUCAAGGAAGCACAUCACUAUGACUCUUUAAACUUACAGUAAGCUUACAGAUAGCCAGGAGAAUAAAUCCAUUCUCUGUAAUACCCAAAUCAAUAAAAUGGAAGAAGUUACUUUUAAAUGCUCAAGGAUUAUACAGAUGGUUCAUGUGACCUGCUUUCAUGUGGACUAUAUCAUAUGGAAGACUUAAAAACACUUCUCAAAUACCUAUCAAGCUAAUAUGAUGCUUAAAGGUGGACAUUUAAUGUGGACAUACUUCUAAUCUUGAGAAAACAGGAUUGUGGUAGUUAAAUAGUAUUUAGUAUUUUGAAUUCUGAAAUUCCUAUAUUUUACUCCACAAUCUAUAUACUUUUUAUCUUUUUAAAAUAGUUAAUUAUAGGAACUAAUGUAUUUUGGGAGCCAUUAUUGCACAUCUCUUCCAAUUCUGCCUUCAGUGGAAUCUUCACAACUGAAAUUUGCCAUGGUAGGAGAGUUUUCACCGUGGAAAUGGGCAAAUGCAGCAAAUCGGUAUAUUUUCAACUUGUAGAAAACAGAUUUAGUAGCACAUUACCAGUUUCGAUAUGUAAAAAGAAAACUACUAAAUUUUCAUACACCUUUACCCAGCUUUUAUCAGUAUCUCAUACCAAGUUUUGUCUCUAUUCUCCUUUCAUGAGGUGCACUAGGAGCGUAACAAAGGGUAUUUUAAGUUAUCUUAAACACAAGCAUUUUAUCUAGAAGGUAGGUAGCUGAAAAACGUGUAUCUAGAGAGUAAGCUUAAUCUGAGAUAGCUAAGAAUCAUGUUAGAAAUACUCUUACUAAGAACACUACCAUGAGCAAUGGUUCUUGGUUCACAUAUCACCUAUUAAGCAGUGAUCCCUUCACCUCUGUCUUUAUAUUAAACAUUAGAUACUGUAUUAUGACUAUCGUUGAGUACCACUAAUCUUAAAAAAUAUGGAGGUAAUAUAUGAAGGACUGUUAAAACAUCAAGUUCGUAGCUUGCUUUUUGUUUUGCAGUAAGGGAGAAGUAUUUUUUUUAUUUUAAUACAUGGCUACAUCUUAAAUGAUUAUGGCAGGUACCUUUGUAAUAGCCUUAAUUUUAUCUAAUAGCUCACAUGGAAAAUGCCAUUUAGACUUCUAAGAAAAAAACUGCCAACCUACAUCAGUUCUAAACUUAAUUUUACAUUGAUGAAAGUCAUGGAUAGCAUUACUUUUGUGCACAGAAUAUUUUUUUGAGGUAGGUAGGACAUUUUAUAUCAAUUCUUCACUUACUGCUUUUUAUGUCAGGUACUUUUAACUUUCAAGAUAAGAGAAAUUAAGUGUUCAAAAGAAGUGAUUUGCUACAGAGGGCAAGAUAAACAGUAUUAAGUCUUGUUUCUCCCAGCUACGUCAAACGGUAAGAUAGAAAUAAGCAAUGUUUUCAAUUUGAUAAGAAUAUCAAAAUGUCUUAAAAAAGGUACAGAAUUUUAUCACGUAGAACUAUUCUCAGGAAGCGGUGCUUUGUUAGAAACAGAAUUCUGAAUAAUCAUAAAGAUCCUUAGAAAGUCUUUAUUUUUCUAUUAUAAUUGCUUUUGUGAUUAUCCCAAAAGAUUUUAUAUAAAUUUCAUAAUUUUUAUAUGUCUGAUCCAUGAAAUAGCAAAAGUACAAUUCUCCAUUCAAAGAAACAAAAGCAUCAAGCUAUACUGAAAGGCUCUUCUUUUAUAUUUCUGGAAAUAAGUGUUCAUUAACUAGAUGGUAAUUGGCACAUUUUUUUUAUCGAGGUUUUAUUUAUGAUUUUCCAUGUUUUCUUAGACAAAAUUACAAUUUUCCAAUUAUACAUUGCUGAUACAUGUAUAAUAGUGGUUUGAUUUUCAAACCAGAAUCAGACUGAUGCCUUUCUUUUUAAAACUUUGUUCUGUGAAACACUGAUAUCCUAGUAUCCCUUUAAUCAAGUGAUUACAGUACUCUUGCUUUCUUGAAAAGCCAAUUUACAUAAAAAAAUGAUAAAACCAGGUUUCAGUAAAAUGGAUAAAAAGCCAAAGAACAAAAGAAAACUUGUCUAAGGUUUAUGAAAUACUUGUAUUUAGUCAGUUAGUAUGUAGUACCAUUUUCUGGUGAUGAAAUAUGUUUAUCUAAAAGCAAGUGGAAGUGUUAGAUCUUUUGGGUACUGUCUACUUACUACUGUAACAACCUCAUCUAGGUAUAUAGUAUGGUGGGUUACAUUACUAUGAAAUACGUAGUUUAAAAAAAUGGGACCGAUACAAAAAGAUCAUAUGCCACUAGGUACAAUGUUGAAACGACAGUUGUAUAAUACUUUUUAAAAACUUGGAUUUUCCAUUUCCAGUAGAUUUCAUUUUGGCAUUGACUGUAUCAAGCCAGUAUCAAGUUUUACAAUUAUCCCAAAUUCCAAAUAAUUUUAGAUGGAAAUGGAAAUGAAAAUUAAUUUUCAUCUUCUGUAAUAUCUAGGUCUUCAUCCUCUUCAUCAUCAUCUGCUUGUUGAUCCUUUCUUAGCCGACAAGUGGUUACCUGUUAAAAAUUUAAAAACUAUUAAAAAAAACUAACUUGAAAAUAUUUUUCAUGCGUGCUAUCUUUUUAUUAAAAAUGCCUUUACAGGAAAGGGCACAAAGAAGAAACAUUUCAGAAAAAUAUCCAUAUGUAAUAAUUCUUAAUUAUGAAUUCUCCCUUUGAACUAUUGUAUUGACAUUAAAACAUUUAAAAAGUUCAUUCACAUUCUUUUUAAAUAAAAGUUUGAA